CAAAAUUUAAAUAUGGCGUCGGCAAUGGAAAUCGACGAUGAAGAAAGUGAUUUACCAACUUCGAGUAGCAGUAAAGGAGAGAAGAAACGUUUUGAAGUUAAAAAGUGGAAUGCUGUGGCACUUUGGGCAUGGGAUAUUGUUGUAGACAAUUGUGCUAUCUGCCGUAAUCAUAUUAUGGAUUUGUGUAUUGAAUGUCAAGCAAAUCAGGCAUCAGCUACUAGUGAAGAAUGUACUGUAGCUUGGGGUGUAUGCAAUCAUGCAUUCCAUUUCCAUUGCAUCUCACGUUGGUUGAAGACUCGACAAGUUUGUCCACUUGACAAUAGAGAGUGGGAAUUCCAAAAAUACGGUCAUUAACGAAGUGUAUCCAACUACCACAAACAACAGAACCCUCAAGAAUGCCAAAGCCGAUGCAAGUCUAAUUAUACCUGAACAAAAGUAAACAAAAGCAAACGUAAACUCAGUGGCUCAUUCAUAAGCGUCGUAGCAGCACCUUGAAGGUGAAAAAAAACACAAAACUAAGGAUCUGCUUCAAGUAAAGUGUUUGUAAUGUUACUGCACCAGCAUUGUCAAGUUUAAACUACUACACUCAUUAAUACUUUGCGCUCCAAGAAUAUUUUAAUGCGAAGGACUAACAACUCCGUGACAUUUUUGUGGUGCUGUUUCUGAGAAUUAGAACGAAGAUUUUUCUAAUAAAAGCUUUUAAAACCUUAAAAUUUAUAUUUUAUUCGUUAAUUUAUCUUGUGUUACAAUAAAAAAGACUUGCACUUUGAGGUGAUGUGCGUCGCCGUAUUAGCGUCGAUGGAGUGCAGAGAGUUUAAUUGGAAGUACUAAAAAGGUUACGAGCUACUAAACAUUUUUUAUUCUAU